GUCACAAAGGCGCUCUCCCGUUCCACACAUACACGUUACUAAGCAAUCGUUUCCCCGAGUAACCAAACAGUGGAAGGAAAGGUUCGAAUGAGAGCCAGCGGAGGACGGGUGGCUGAGUAAGGCUAAGAGAGGGACGCAGAGAAAGGGAAGAGAGGGGAAGUGGGGAGAAGUGAGGAGGUGCCGGGAAGACCUGGUGGGGGAGGAAGAAGCUCUCUCGGUGCAUUCAGACGGCGUGCAUUUAGCUUGCGAGAUUUUAUCAGUGUGAAGAUGGCUGCAGUAUGCAUGGAAGAGAGCAUUUACAAUCUUCUACCUCGCAUCCCGGAGAAGUCUUACAAGGGACCUAGAUAUGUAUCAACAUUUAAGCCAUAUGUGAAGUGUACAAUACAGCAAAACAAAUCACAGUGGAAAACUAUGGGACCCGUGAAAGUACAAUUGCCCUCUCCAAAAGACUUCCUUCAGAAACAUUCAAAGGAGCCAAAGCUACCAAAGAGGAAAAAAGAUAAAAAGAAAACGAUAGAACUCACCGUGCCCCGAAGAACAGAUCACCCAGUGAUGGGAGUUCACAGUAACAAGAAUUUCGUAACCACAAAUGCAGCUAAUGCUAUCAUUGGAGUGCCUAAGAAACCUCAACAACUUUGUGUUGACAGACAACAAGGAGACAAAUUUCUCCUUGAAACUUCAGGACUUGUUCCAAAAUAUCUCAAGAAAAAGGAUUAUGGUAUGACUCCAAAAUAUGUAAUUAAGCGAAAUGAAGAAGCCAGGAGAGCCCAAGAACGUUAUGAUUCCUAUGUCAGGGAGACUCUUAGACAAAAAGCCAUGAAACGGCUCUCUGAUGAAGAGAGGGACAGUCUUCUUGAGGGUCUCAAGAAAAACUGGGAAGAAGUACAUCAAGCAUUUCAAAGCCUUUCAGUAGAAAUAGAUACAAUACCAAAGAAGCUUCACAAAGAAAGACUGGAACUGCAGAUGAAACAAUUGGAACAUGACAUCCAGACAAUUGAGAAACACAAAGUCAUUUAUAUUUCAAACAAAUGAGGACAUCAUCAUUAGAAAUAUUAUUUUCAUGAAGAUGAAGCAACUUUCAACAGGGAAGCAAAACAUACCUAUUUAUUUGAAAGCAGAAAAACAGUUUUAACAAAUAUCUUAGAAUCUUAACAUAUUUUACUUUUUCAAGAGUUUUACAUUUGUUGUCUAUUUUUUCUAAUAAAUGUCCACUUAUUUUUGUCCUAGAUUUUUCAAUUAGUUAUACAACACAAAGAACCCUAAAGGUUUCAAAUGUCUUUAUAACAUGUAACAUCAUGUACUUUAAUGAUUUAAGUAGAUAUGUAUAUAAAAAGGUGGGAACGAUUUGUGGGAUAGUUAAUAAAGAGUUCCUGACAUUAAGAAUUCCAGUUCCUUCUGUGUAUAAUUUUUAAGCACAAUUAGAGCUAGAUCAGGGCAAAAGUUGUUAAGGUGGCAGCUAUGCUUGUAUAACUGUACAUAUGCACUCAGUGUGAAUUCUGUUGCACUUAUUACCUAUAUUGUAGACGCUUUCUUAAGAAAUAUAUUAUUUACUUAUUUACAA